AUGGAGCCUUCUGGAGCCGACAAGGGCUUCUUCCAGACACCGCCGACGCUGCCGAACCAGGUCCACGACGAUGAUUCUUACAAGCGAUGCUUCAAGCCUUCUCAAACGCAGGAUGAAGUCGCGGAGCUGGGCCAAGAUGUCCUGUCUGACCAAGUCUUUACCUGGGUCUCGGAUGCGUACCGCAACCUGCCGUACCUCAAAGGCUCCGGGCGAUCGUCCUUUGGUCAUCAUACUGGUGAACUGGUGACUGGAGAAGGAUGGAGGGAGCUGCAAAGUAUGGGCAUAUCCAAAGGGUACGAAGCGCAGCACUCUACAAUGGCGCGACAGAGAACCGCUAACAUGUCCCAGCAUUGUCGCGACGGGAUACGACACGCCAUAUGGGCCCUUCUCGCGGCCGCUCCAGUUUCUACGCCUGCAUAUCUGGCAGCCGUCCUCUGCCGUUGUCACCUGCCCGUCGGCCAUGCAAGACGGCGCGGCGUGCCUGUUGCGCCGCCACCUAACCACGCCCGCCGGGUGUACGAGGACGCCUACCGCCGGCUGACAUCGCGCGAUCCAAGCGUGGCCUGGACCUCCGGGCAGUGGAUGACGGAGCGCAUCGGCGGAAGCGAUGUGUCUUUGACGGAGACGGUGGCCACGCGGCCCGCGAACGUCGAGUUUGGCCUCGCCUCUCAGCAGGACGAGAUCCCGCUCGGUCCCUGGAGCCUUAGCGGCUUCAAGUGGUUCUCCUCGGCCACCGACUCCAAGAUGACGGUCCUGUUGGCGCGCACGUCUGCCAGCGGCGGCUUGUCCGCCUUCAUCGCACCGAUGCGCCGCCACGACCCCCAUGCCACGACCAUGGCCGGCCACCCCAACCCCAACGGCGAGCGGCUCAACGGCGUUCGCAUCUCUCGCCUCAAGCACAAGUUUGGCACGCAGUCCCUGCCGACCGCCGAGCUGGUGCUCGAGGGCAUGCGCGGGUGGCUCAUCGGGGACGAGGGCAAGGGCAUCCACGAGAUCAGCAACGUGCUGACCAUUACCCGCGUCUACUCGGCCGUGUCAGCCGUAGCGUACGUCGGGCGCGCCCUGGCCAUUGCCCGGGCGUAUGCCCGCGUGCGCGAGGUUGGGGCGGGGAACCGCGCGCGCAUGCGUCUGAUCCACAGCCGGCUGCACAUGCGCACGCUCGCCCGGAUGACGGGUGAGUACCGCGGCCUUAUGAUGCUGAGCUUGUAUUCGGCGUAUGUUCUCGGCGUGUCCGAAUAUCCGACCCACGAGUAUGGCGAUGUUACACCGGCGCUGAAGGCGCUGACGCCAGAGGCCAAGCUGGCGCUGCCUCUGAUCCGGGUCCUGAGUCAAAUCACCAAGGCGUACGUCUGCAAGCCGUCGGUCGCGCUCGUCUUUUCGUGCAUGGAGGCGUUAGGCGGCGUCGGUUACAUGGACAACGAAGAGCAAGAGUACCUCAACGUGUCGAGAAUUUUCCGCGACGUGUCUGUGCUGCCAAUCUGGGAGGGCACAACGGACGUGCUCAGUACGGAUACGAUCCGAGCGCUGAAGCACCCCAAGGCGGGCCAGGAAUGCAUCGCGGCGCUUGACGAUGUUGUUGGGAAAGCUGCCGCAUUCUCGGAAGUGACUCUUAAGGGAUGGGAUGCUGUACAGGAGUGGAAGGAGCUCCGCGCCAAGAUUGUGAAUACGGCUCAGGCAGAUCUGAUGGGCGAAGCCAGAGACCUAGUCUGGGCGCUGGGCGAUAUCCUUGUGUCACUACUAUUAAUGCGUCUUUCACUGGCACUGACUGGUGCGGUUGACUGUACGGAGCUGUGUCUUGCGGCAGCUGUAACCACCAGGGGGGCUAGCUCCAAAGAUUUGUUGGCGACCGUUGACGUUGCAAACAUUGAAGUCGACGCUGCCGUAGUCUUGGAGCAGAUUGCCACCGGCGAGCUGCCACGUGUCGCCGCCAGGCGUGCCGUCGAGGCACUCAAACGAGUUGCGUGGCGAGGUCAGGAUGCAGGCGUUGUUGCCGCGGUCGUAGAGCACGGAAUUUGGGGUAAUGCAGUACCAGCCGUCUCCAAGGUUGGGAUCGUAGAGGAAGAGCUCGUGGGUGCGGCCAUCUUGCUGGACGUUCCUGCCGCUGCUGGUGUCUUGGAGGUUGAAGCAGCAAAGGCCGCCUUGUCGGGCAGAGAUGGCGGCGCCGAGGGUGGUGCCGAGGAGUAG